AUGUCAAAACAGCCUACUGGUCAGCGUCUCAGCGAGGGACCUCAUUAUUUCCCAGCUCCGGAGCUUCGAGAGCUUCUAAUCGGAAAUGCAAAAUUCCGGCGAAAGCAAUGCGAAAAUUUGAAAGAAGGAUUGGUGUUUGAAUCGUUUUGGUAUCGAAAAUAUCUUUCUCUGACCGAUAAUUCUGGUAGAAGGGGGUAUCUACAUAUUCAUGACAACGAGGAUAUACCGUUGAUAUACCUAGUGUCACAGAAUUGGCCUGAAUUGUACGUUUGUUUUGCGCCAAUUGGUGGGGUUGAUCAUGCAAGUUCAUCUGGACAAGCUACUGGUGCAGUCAAAAUUAAGACUGAAGAUGAAAGGGGUGAAGAGGAAGGUAGGGAACAGGCUGGUAGUGACGACGAACACGUCCUAUCGAGUGAAUCCUAUGAUGAAGAAGAUGGCAAUGACACUAAAUGGAUGGGACAAUCCUCGGAGCAUGAUACUUAUGCUGAAAAGAGAGAAUGA